UCCCUCAAUCUUCCCCUUUGUCUGUCAUCAAGCCACCUAAUAACACAGAAGAGAAGGGUACAAAACAAUGGGAACCAUCUAUGGACUCAGGAGAUUUACCUGAUUUAUCUUGGAUGACCCCGGAAGUGUCCUUGAUGCCCACAGAGAUGGACGGGCAGGUGAAUCCACUGGAGAGAGAUUACUCUCUGAGUGUGGUCCUCCCGGGAGGUCUGGAGGAAAAUGCCACCGUGCAUGGAAGUAAACCGGUCAUGGACUUUCUGGUGACGCUGUGUGCGAGUUACCACCUGAAUCCUUCUGACUACACUGUUGAGUUUCUCUCGCCCAACAAGAACAACAUCAGCUUCAAACCGAACUCUCCUGUCGGCCUGCUGGACGCCGACAAGAUUGUGCUGAAGCCCAGAGGGAUCGAGGAAAAAACGAAGAGGCUGUACAUGCCUGAGGCGACGGUGCGUCUGCUGAUUAACUACAAUACGUCCCAUAAGACGGUGGUGAGGGUGAAUCCCAGGCUGCCUCUGCAGAUGCUGCUGCCAGUGGUGUGUGAGAAGUGUGAGUUCAACAUAGAAACAACCAUCUUACUGCGAGACGCGCAGUCCAGAGAGAAACUCGACCUGUCAAAGACCUUAAAUGACCACGGACUGAGGGAGGUGUUCGCCGAAGACACCAGCGACCACAGAGUCAAGACGUCUGCAGCAGCAGCUGCCACACCAGCAGAAGUCAUCUCGCCACCUCCACUACCAGAGCUGCCGAAGGAGAAGAAGCAAACUAAAAGAGGAUUCUUCAGCUUGUUUAGAAGAAGGAAGAAGAAACAGGAAGCGCACGUUGCAGCGAGUGCUCCAUCUUCUCCUGGUCUCAGCAAACAAGUGUGGGGAGUUGUAAGCUCAGAGAGCAUUUCCACCGCAAACACCCUGCCUGCAGAUCUUCACACGAAGAGGAGAGCCCCCCCGCCGCCGGUGGGGGCCUCGCUGAGGGUCCCGAACCACCUGAGCACCGGCCAUGUGGAAGGAGCGCAGAGAUCAGGAGGAUCUACAUUAAGAAGUACCAAGAGGAGGGCCCCACCUCCUCCCGGUACAAACACCCUCCAGGAUGUGAGGAAUGACGCUGAUGUUGGAGACUCUCUGAAAACUCUGGAGGAGCUGAGAGAAACCGACGACUCCGUCAACCUGUCGGCCUCGUCUUCAUCACCCCAUCCUCUUCAGUCCCCACGGCCAUCGCCGACUUAUCUUCAGGAAGUACCUGAUCCCCGUCUGCCUUCUUUCCGAAGAAGAGACUUCUCCGACGCCCGCUCUGCUCUCGCCAAAGUCCUUACAUCUUCAGUCUCCAAAGGAGCGCUGGCCAAACGUCUGAGGAACUCCGCUGCCUUCCCUAAAUUCCACGUCUCCUCUUGUGUGUCCAUGUCUCCAGAGUGUCUGGAUAACGGCCUUGAGUCUGCUCUCAUAUCCAGCACUCGUUCCCCGACUGGGAACAAGUGGGAGGAUCCAGUAGAAAGAAGUGGAAUAACUACCUUCAAAGUGGUUCCAUCAAAGCAUCUGAGCUCCUGUGAUCCAGAGCUGAUGGUGGAUGAUCCAGAGCUGAUGGUGGAUGAUCCAGACCAGUAUCAGAUAUCAGCAGAAGAUCCUGAAAGCACAGCUUUUCCUGAUGUUGGGAAUGAUCAGACAGAGGAAGAUCUGUGUUCUCCAGAUGGAUCAGAGAGCGAAACUAGGCUUCACAGUCCAGAUUCUUCUCAGCAGGAUGAAGAUGUAGCUUCUCCUCCACCUCUGCUUCAUCCAGCCAGUCGGAACGGUCCAGGACCACCUCUCUUUCAGGUUAGAGAUGCUGGGAGGAAACGGAGCGACGAUGGAGAAUCAUCUGAGGAGAUGCCGGCUGCACAGUCCCACUGCCGUGAAGAUGUGAACCCUGAGAGUGACGUUGCCUUAGAAGGUCCAACAGAGUUUAUCCAAAGUCCCACAGCAGACCUGGACCCCUGUAGCUCUGAUGGGAAGAAAGACGAGGAAGAAGAGAAGCAUGAGGAGGAGGAGGAGGAGGAGGUAAACUUUCCUCCCCCUCCUCCACCUGUCUUCUUUACAGAAGACCUGGACGUUACAGAGAAAGAUGGAAACAACUCUGCAGCCUCCAUCCAGGCAUCUUUUCAGCCCGACCGUCCUACCUCAGACCCCCAUGCUACGGCAUUCAGCGAGGCUCAGAAAACUGAAUCUACCUCAGCUGUACCUGAGCAGUCUCUGGACAGGACCAACGUGGCCCCAUCGAGAUUCGCACUGGCAGUGGCCAUGGCUGUCCAGAGAUCUCGCCUCCACAGCCUCGGUAAAGAUUUAAGGCCUCAGGUCUCCGGCAGUCCACACCACACGCUCCCAUCGCCACCCAGAUCCACAUACCAGUACGGUGCCUGACCGUCAAGAUUGGGCUCCAACUUUGGAGACCAGGCUCAGCAACUGGCCUCGUUUUUCUUUCUCUUUCUUCCUGAGUUUUUCGGAGCUACGUUUGAUUUUUGUCUCAGACUGAAGAUUCACAAGCGGAAACAAAACAUUUUGUGUUGUGGAGAAUGCCAAACGCGGCAGGACGCGACUUGUUGAAGUGACAAGAUCCUGUUUUCCUUCACUUCCAUUUACAUUUCCUUUCAGCGUGUGCCAAGAGAGACGUCACAGUUUUCAGUGUUUAUUUUAAACAAGAGUUUUUGCAGAUCUGUUUUAUGUUUGCUGGUAUUUUUCUUCACUCUGGAAGCAGGUUUUAACCCUUCCAGACAGCAGCAGUCUAGACGCGGAGCUGGUUCAGUGUUCAGCCAGCAGGGGGCAGAAGAGUGUUGCUCCUUUAAUCCUGACAGUUUGUCAGGACUCUAUAUAUAUAUAUAUAUAUAUAUAUAUAUAUAUGAUGCAUAUGUCAGUAUUAGUAAUAUAUUGGUACAUAUUUUAUGAAAUAUGUGAACCAUUGUUGUUCAAGUCAUUAUCUCCAAGUCUCUGAAGAUGAUUCCUGUAAGCAGCCAGGAAAUAAAAAAUGCACAAAUGUAAACACCAUUCAUGCAUUAUUUAAUAUAUCUGUAAGAAUAUCCUCCAUUUGCAGCAAUAAAACUGAUAAACUCAAUAAAUUGUUGGCUGCUUCAGUUUUAUGCUAAACAUUUCCUCACAU